AUGAUUAUUUUUAGGGCAAGUUUUGCAUUUGCACGAAAAGUUAAAUAAUUAAGAACUUCUUCGAUUAAAAACUCAAUAAAAAAAGAUGAUCAAAAUAUUUCUGAUGAACCAAUUGAAUCGAAAAAAGAAGAGGGUUUAGAUCAAAAUAAUUAGAUAUAAGAAAAUAAUUAAAAAAAAGUAUUUGAGAAAAAAUUCAUAAAAUCUUAAGAAUUUUUGAUGGCUUGUAGUCAUUAACCAGCACUUUCUUUACCAGAGGAAAUAUUAAAAAAAGCUAGAAAAGUAUUUUCAAAAUAUCCUCCUGAUGAAUUAAGAGAAGCAUCUUAUAAAUAUAUGAGAAUGUAUUAAUUAUUGCAUGCACUUGAGAAACCAGUAUCUAUAACUAUUAAAAGAAAUAAUUUAUUUGAAAAUCCAGAAAAUUUAUAAAAAUUAACAGAGAAAAAAGUUAUUCAUUUAUAUAAAUAAGGAACAAGUGAAUAAUAAAUAUUGGAAAAGAUAUUUGAAAGAAGAUAAAAGAAGGAUAUAAAUGUAGAUAGAAUAAAUAGUGCUGAAGAAAAAUUAGAAGAAUUUCAUAAUUUUGCAUCUGCAAUAGAUUAUGAUUAAAUAUUAACAGUAUCAUACUUUUUAAGAAAAGUUCCUGGAUCUUUUGCAGUUGGUUAAAAAAUAAUGACAGAAAUAUAAAAAAGAAAUCCAAAUUUUAAUCCAAAAUCAAUGCUUGAUUAUGGAAGUGGAAUAGGAACAUGGGCAUGGAGUUUCAAGAAAUUGUAUCCUGAUGUUAAAAACAUAGUUUGUGUUGAACCAAAUUUAUAUAUGAGAAAAUUAGGAAAAUUUGUUACUUAAGAUUAUAUUAAGGAUAUUAAAUUUUAUGAAAGUUUAUCACAUACACUAGAAUUAAGUUAUGAUUAUUUUGAUUUUAUAAGCAUAGCAUUUGUUUUAGAAGAAAUUAAUCAUCCUGAAGCAAGAUUAUUAGCACUUUAAUCUUUAUGGGCUAAAUUAUCUGAUGAUGGUAUUAUGGUUUUAGCAUGUCCUGGAUCACCAACAGGAUUCCGUUUUGUUAAUGAUUUUAGAGAAUGGAUAUUGAAAUAAAAAGGGUUUAUUGUUGCACCAUGUUAACAUUAAUAAUCAUGUCCUAUGGCUAAAGAAGGAUUUUAAUGGUGUCAUUUUAAAUAAAUGUUUACUGCUUGGCCAAAGGAUGGUAAUCUUAAUUAUAUAACUAAGAGUAUUCCCAAAGUACAUUUAUGAAAAUACUGCAGUGACAGAGAAAUUCUCAUAUUUGGCUGUAUCUAAGAAACCUUUGAUUUAAGAGGGAUAAGAAUGGCCAAGAAUUACAUUUGAUNCAGUCAUUAACCAGCACUUUCUUUACCAGAGGAAAUAUUAAAAAAAGCUAGAAAAGUAUUUUCAAAAUAUCCUCCUGAUGAAUUAAGAGAAGCAUCUUAUAAAUAUAUGAGAAUGUAUUAAUUAUUGCAUGCACUUGAGAAACCAGUAUCUAUAACUAUUAAAAGAAAUAAUUUAUUUGAAAAUCCAGAAAAUUUAUAAAAAUUAACAGAGAAAAAAGUUAUUCAUUUAUAUAAAUAAGGAACAAGUGAAUAAUAAAUAUUAGAAAAGAUAUUCGAAAGAAGAUAAAAGAAGGAUAUAAAUGUAGAUAGAAUAAAUAGUGCUGAAGAAAAAUUAGAAGAAUUUCAUAAUUUUGCAUCUGCAAUUGAUUAUGAUUAAAUAUUAACAGUAUCAUACUUUUUAAGAAAAGUUCCUGGAUCUUUUGCAGUUGGUUAAAAAAUAAUGACAGAAAUAUAAAAAAGAAAUCCAAAUUUUAAUCCAAAAUCUAUGCUUGAUUAUGGAAGUGGAAUAGGAACAUGGGCAUGGAGUUUCAAGAAAUUGUAUCCUGAUGUUAAAAACAUAGUUUGUGUUGAACCAAAUUUAUAUAUGAGAAAAUUAGGAAAAUUUGUUACUUAAGAUUAUAUUAAGGAUAUUAAAUUUUAUGAAAGUUUAUCACAUACACUAGAAUUAAGUUAUGAUUAUUUUGAUUUUAUAAGCAUAGCAUUUGUUUUAGAAGAAAUUAAUCAUCCUGAAGCAAGAUUAUUAGCACUUUAAUCUUUAUGGGCUAAAUUAUCUGAUGAUGGUAUUAUGGUUUUAGCAUGUCCUGGAUCACCAACAGGAUUCCGUUUUGUUAAUGAUUUUAGAGAAUGGAUAUUGAAAUAAAAAGGGUUUAUUGUUGCACCAUGUUAACAUUAAUAAUCAUGUCCUAUGGCUAAAGAAGGAUUUUAAUGGUGUCAUUUUAAAUAAAUGUUUACUGCUUGGCCAAAGGAUGGUAAUCUUAAUUAUAUAACUAAGAGUAUUCCCAAAGUACAUUUAUGAAAAUACUGCAGUGACAGAGAAAUUCUCAUAUUUGGCUGUAUCUAAGAAACCUUUGAUUUAAGAGGGAUAAGAAUGGCCAAGAAUUACAUUUGAUCCUUUAAAAAGAGGAAAGCAUCUUAUUCUUGAUAUGUGUACAGAAUAAGGAUAAUUGGAGAGGUAUUUAAAUAUAUAAAUAAACAUAGACGUAUAGUUGCCAAAUCUCAUGGUAAAGAAGGUGGUUAUUAUGAGGCCAAACACUUAAAUGGAGGAGAUCUUUGGAGAUUCCCAAAAUUACCUCCAUCAAAAGUAGGAAAAAAGAAAAGAAAAUAAUCAGUUAAAAUUAUUUGA